UAAUAGCCCACUAGCAUAAGUCUUUUUCUCUAUCUAAAUGCUAGUGGCUCUCUCCAUCUCUGCCCUACAUGCAUUUCCACUUGCUUUUAACUUGUUGAGGUCACAUAUCAUGUUAGCAGCUAAGCCUUAGGUAAAAUUUCAGGGGGGAGAGAUGGGUAAGGAAGCCCACCAAGAAAAUUCGUCUCUCCUUCCUAACAAUAACAAUAAUAAUAACAAGAAGAAAGAGUCUCCUAAGAAACUUCUAGGAGGUGGUGAUGAUGGCGGCGGCGGCGGCGGCUGUGGUGGUGGUGGUGGCGGCGGCGGCAGUGGUAACAACGAUAGGUUAAAAAGAGAUGAAUGGAGCGAAGGAGCAGUUUCAAGCCUCCUUGAAGCUUAUGAAGCCAAAUGGAUACUUCGAAAUCGAGCCAAACUUAAAGGUCGAGAUUGGGAAGAUGUAGCAACGUAUGUCUCUGGUCGAGCAAGUUCAAGUAAGUCGCCCAAGACCCAAACACAGUGCAAGAACAAGAUCGAGUCAAUGAAGAAAAGGUAUCGAUCGGAGUCUGCCACAUCUGAGCCCUCGUCGUGGCCUCUUUUUCCGAGACUCGAUCUAUUAGUCCGUGGAAGUGCUCAUCCUCCACCUCCGCCUCCACCUUCACUCCCACCUCCUCCCCCACCAACAGCACCACCUUAUGCCAACCCUCCUUUGAUUGUUCUUGAACCAUCAGUUCUGCCAGCACAAUUACCACCACAGCCUCAGCCACCGCCACCACCACCACCUCAACCUCCACCUCUGGCUCCGUUAUUGCUGGUUGGAGUUGCACAAAACUCUAAUGGCUCCAAAGGCGUUGAUCGGGUGCCCAAGGAAGAUGGAGGCGGUACCAAAUUGUCUGAUCAUGUAUCCGACAAGAAUGAUAUCGAAACGGAUAGUAGCACACCGGCACUCUAUAGCGAAAAGAAUUUGAACCUGAAAAAUUUGAACAAAAGAAUGGAGAAAAAGAAGCGGCGAAGAAAGGAAGAUUGGGGCGUAGCCGAAAGCAUCCGGUGUCUAGCAGAAGGAAUGGUGAGGUCGGAGCAAGCACGAAUGGAGACGAUGAGGGAGAUAGAGAAAAUGAGGACCGAGGCUGAGGCCAAGAGAAGGGAAAUGGAUCUUAAGAGGACAGAGAUCAUUGCUAACACCCAGCUGGAGAUUGCUAAGCUCUUUGCAGGCAAAGGUCAUGAUUCUUCAUUGAGAAUUGGAAGAAGUUGAUUAGUAGUAGAAACAAAUUAUAUGUACAAACUUACAUGGUAACUUCGGAGGGGGCUUAUAGUCUAUAGAGUAAAAAGGUAGAAGAGAUUUAACUUGCAAGGUACUUGGUAAACGAGUUCUUGGAGGAAAUAACAUAUCUACCACAUUAUGAUGUUCUUUUUGGUUGGUGCAAUACAUCAGAAAUACACACAUAUAUUAACACACAAAAAAACAAAAACACAUUUAAUAAAAAAA